AUGGGGUUGGGGUUGUUUAAGGCGUUGUUUUGCUGCACCAAGCGCCAAGAAAUUGAAAUCGCAGACUCAUGGGAGUCCUCUUCUGAGCAUAGCCACAAAGAAGAUUCUAGAGCGAGCAAAGAAAAGGCGAAGGCAGUUGCAGGUGUUCCUUCGAAACAAACGAGCAUGUCACAAAUAGGACCAAUUCUGGGAAAGCCGUACGUGAACAUAGAGCAAAUAUACGAGAUGAAGAAAGAGCUGGGAAGCGGGCAAUCGGGUGUGACGUAUCUGUGCGUGGAGAGGACGACGCAGCGAGAGUACGCAUGCAAGUCGAUUGCUCGGUCGAAGCUGCUGAGUGAGGUGGAGAUCGAGGAUGUGAGAAGAGAGGUUAUGAUUCUGCAGCACCUGUCGGGGCAACCCAACAUCGUGGAAUUCAGAGGGGCUUACGAGGACAGGCAGCACGUGCAUCUCGUGAUGGAGCUCUGCAGUGGCGGCGAACUCUUCGACCGCAUCAUCGCCAAAGGGAACUACUCCGAGCGCGAGGCGGCGACGGUGAUGAGGCAGAUUGUGAAGGUGGUUCACGUCUGCCAUUUCAUGGGCGUCAUGCAUCGAGACCUCAAGCCGGAGAAUUUCUUGUUAGCCACCAAAAACAACAAUGCUCCCGUCAAAGCCACUGAUUUUGGACUCUCCAUUUUCAUCGAGGAAGUUCUUUUCUCUCGUUUAGAAAUAGAGUGUGUAUUGGCUCUGUCAUCUGACUUCCGUCUGCGUUGA